CCACCCCCCACCCCUAAUAUUUUUUUCUUUACAAGUAGCCUUAUAUUUCUCACACCGCCUCCAAUUCCUAUAUUUUCCAAACCAUAGUUUUUAUUUUUUCUCUUACUGUCACUAAUACACAAAGCGUUACUACUUUCGAGAAAUACAAAUAGUUUUAUUUUUUUUUGUUUUACAAAGCUGGCGAUCGAUAAUCAAGACACCACUGUUCGUGAAUUCAAGCCUAAGAAUAGGCGAAUCAUGGGAGCUGGAGGACCUGAUGAGGAAGAUAAUAGAUGGCCACCGUGGUUGAAGCCAUUGUUGAAGGAACGGUUCUUCGUUCAAUGCAAGUUACAUGUUGAUUCUCAUAAGAGCGAAUGUAACAUGUACUGUUUGGAUUGUAUGGAUGGUGCUCUUUGUUCCAUUUGUUUAUCUCAUCAUAAGGACCAUCGUGCCAUUCAGAUUCGGAGGUCAUCGUACCAUGAUGUGAUAAGGGUGAAUGAAAUACAGAAAUUUCUGGAUAUCACUUCCGUUCAGACCUACAUUAUCAACAGUGCAAAAGUUGUUUUCUUGAAUGAGAGACCACAGCCUAGGCCUGGCAAAGGUGUCACCAAUACCUGUGAAGUCUGUGAAAGGAGUCUUCUUGAUUCCUUCAGAUUCUGCUCUCUUGGUUGCAAGAUUGUUGGGACUUCAAAGAACUUCGUUAAGAGGCCAAAACAAUCGCCGGAGAAGAAGAAGUCCUCGCCGGCUGCUGCAGCCGCCGUCUAUGACUCAGAGGAUUCCUACAGCAGCAGCAGCCAUGGCCGGCAGAACAGCACAAGCAACAAGGUCCACCAAAGUUUCAGUCCGUCAACGCCCCCUCCAACUUCAGUUAAUUACAGAACAGCCAAGCGAAGAAAGGGGAUUCCGCAUCGAGCCCCAAUGGGAGGACUAGUUAUAGGUUAUUAAGUCUUAGAAAAAUCAAAAAUCAAAAUCGAAGUCCUUCAUUUGCUCCUAAUUAUACAUUAGUAAAAAAGAUCAGAAUGCAGAAUGCAGAAACUUCUCCGUCAAAAACACUAGUGCUUUCUUUCUUCUCUAGAGAAGGCCAGUGUUUGCUUUAUUGUGUAUAUACUUUUUAGCUACUAUAGUGUAUGUUGGGAUAAGUUGGAGGGGUGGAAGUUGAAAUAAGAAAAUGUUAAGGGACCAAUACGGAAAACUUAGUUGGGCUUAGAAAAUAAGCUAUAUAUUAUAUUAAAUAUUAUAUAGUAUGAUGAAAUAUCAAGAUACAGUGACUCUUGGCUUUUUAGAGUGAUUAUACAUAAGUUUUGUUUGUUUUCUUUUACCUCCUACUGUAAUCUAAAAUGUAAAUAUAAUGUUCUUAUAGUUUGGAAUAUUUUAGCAA